UUACCUCGACCUCCGCAGUAACCAACUCACGGAACAGCACGCUAGUGGUCUCGCUAGUAUCGUGGCUGGUAACUGGUCACUAGUGUCACUAGAUCUGCGAUGGAACAAGCUGGGGUCCGAGGGCGCACGUAAGCUGGUACAAGCGCUGCAGCACAACCACACCCUCACUCGCUGCCCGCUCGACGGCAACUGCGUGUCGCGCGACGUGCUUGAACAUGUCGAAUCCCUGCUGGCUGGCAACACUGAUCGGUCACCACCAGAGUUCGAUCUUUCACCAAACCUGAAUAAAAUCCAGCCUGACAUGCCCAGUAAGAAUCAUCGUGGUGGGUCCAGCAGACUUCACCUGGACAGCGUCCAGACAUGCAGUAGUUGUGCCCAGCUCAGGACAAGGCUCCAGCAUUCCAUCAGAACCUUGGACAACGCUAGGAGGGACCUAGAUACCAAAACGUCGGCUUACCAACGCCUUUUGGGUGACUACGAAGCUAUCGAAGCAGAACUAAAAGCCAGCAAGAGCCUCUGUCAGACGCUGACAGAGCGACUGUCAGUCCUGGAAGCUUCCCUUGCCUCCUGUCAGGCUGACACUGCGCAGCAGAAGUCGGAUGAUGCGCAGAAAAUCCAGACGCUGCGCCAACAGCUGACAGAGUGUCAGCGUCAGCUCGACUCAGCGCAGCACAACCUCGCUCGCGAUAGCGAGCAGCACCGAGCAGAGUGUGCAGAGCUGCGGAGCAGAGCCUCUGCUCAGGAGGAGCAGAUUACUGCGCUCACUGCUCAGCUCAGAGCAGCACGACUACAGACUGAGAAGGUUGUGAUGGACGGUCAAAAUGCGCAGCGCGAAGCGCAGCAGCAGCUGCAGCAGCGACAUCAGGCUGACGUUGAGCGGCUGACAUCAGCACAUGAGAGUAGAAUGGCGGAGAAGGAUCGCUCUCUGUCAGUCCUGCUCGACGAAAGAAACGCUCUGGCAGCCGCGCUGACAGGACUAGAAGCUCGACGUCAGGCAGAUUCUGUCAGAGCUGAGGCUGACAUGGCUGCUGUCAGACAGAAAAUAAUUCAGGAACAGACCCGACACGCCCAGCAGCAGGAGGCCCAGAGUCAGGCCCACGCCCAGGCUUUGGCCUCGUCGGACGAGUCUCUGGCACGUCAGGUCGCCGAGACUACGAGACUCAGCCAACUUGUGCUCAACCUCGAGCGACGCCUCAACGAAGUCAGCAACGACAAACUCCAGCUCAAUGGG